AUGGUAGGGAGUCAUCAAAAUGCUCGACAGCGUCUCUGGGAGGCAUGGAUUUCGCUUCAAGUGGAGAACCAAGGCAGCUAUUCGAUUGAGCGGAUUCGACAGCUUGGAUUCUACAUGAGCGGCCUCAAAAAUCGACGAAUUCUACUGGCUUGUGUGCUGACUCCACUGCCGUGCCUUGUGUUGAGCUUGUUAAAACAGAUACCACCACUCUCUCCAGCUGAAGCCGGAGUUUACAAAAAUGGAGUUUACAUUGCCCGAUCAUGGGUUAUACUCUGCUUUAUGGGUGCUUCAACGCUAGUCCAGAUGGGCCACGGAGCGCCUCGUCUUCAGUUGACGAGGCUCCAGAUAACUAGGGUUUCAAUACUGGCAGCUACAGCUUCCGUAUUCGGUCUCUGCGUUCUGACCGUCUUUCCGCUCCCGUUUGGCUUACUUAUCGCAGGUCCACCUUUCGUUAUCGUGAUUGCUAUUUGCUUCACAUACAUCUCUGGACCCCAAUGGAGAAGUGAUCCUUCGAUCUUGGUGGAUGUUAAGAGACAGCUCGUCAUUUACAACUGCCAAACGAUGCUUCCCUUUGUGUAUCCUUUGUACAUAUUGGGUUUUGUAUCGCUUACCGGCAUGCAUCAAGUAGUUUUCGUCGCCGUCUUACCGAUUAUCCAGAUUAUCGCCAAGAAUUGGAUCAGCCGUGCACUUGCCGAUGAUGACCAAAAACCUCAGUCUGUCGUCUUCGUCGUUGAAGUUUACAACGCUCUUUACGUAUCGAAUGUUCUCCAGACCGCUUCUUCUUGGACAUCCACAGCAACGAUCAUAGCAGUAGACCUCCUCCAGUUUUGGGUCUCAAUGAUUGACAUCGUCAAACUGCAAAGGAAAACUUUGUCCAAAUAG